CUAUUGUAAAUUGCUAGGCUCUAUCAGCCUAGGCACGCCAAUUGUUUGCUCAUUCGCAUGAAUUCAGUCACGAGUUUAGGUUUUUUUUUUUUGACUUUUGAAACAGUUCCUACGGCUGGAAAAUAACAACGUCUUUCCCUAUAUUUUUUUAAGCGCUUCUCCUUUCUUGAUUAUUUUUGAAAGAAUACAGUUGAAAUGGCUCAUCAUUUGAAUUCAAAAAGUUUGAUCGUCGAUGAACUGCAGAAAACAUUCUUGCAAAAAGAUUCUAUUUUAGAGCCAAAUAUUUACAAGUUGGCCUUUGAAGGAUACAGAAAUAAUGGCGGUUCGCCCAUAGAAGCUAUCAACAUGCUCUCAGAAUCUUAUGUGGGCUAUCCUUCUAUGAUCAACGUAACAGCCGAAGCAGUGAAUAUUAAUGGAUUGGAUAGUUCCAAUUGCUUAAAAGCAGCAUUUGAGCGACUUUUGCUCAGCCGAUUCGAUCCACAACGUUGCGACAAAAUGCUCAUGCAAGAUAGCGAACCAUCAGCACUAGGAUGGCUCGAUCAUUUGUUGGAGGAUAUUGAUUGGAGAAAAAAGAUAUAUGAGCUUAUUGAGAAGUAUCCUACCUGCGAGUUUCUCAACUAUGCCAUAAUUCGAAUUGUUAAUGCUGGUCAUGAUGCCGAAGUAUCAAGAUUGAAAACUUCUACGACAUGCCUAAAAGUCUAUAAUUUGAUUCUUGCGAACAGAUUGUCAGAUAUUGUAGAUAAAGACGACGUGGAAUUUGAAGAAAAAUUGCCAGAAGUAAUUCGCAUCUGUUGUGAACGAGAGGAUACGUAUUUGUCAGCGAUCAUUCUACUUCGAAAACUUUAUCAUCAAUAUAAUGCUACAUCAUUUAUUCGUGUUCGUCAAGAAUUGGAACGUGUCGCUAGAAAGCAUGGUAAUUUGCCUAUGCUGGAUGCAAUGCAUCUUUUAGUUGACGCGGAUCCUUCAUCUGUCGAAGUCAGAAAGCUCGUCAAAAGCAUUUUAAGCUCUUCCAUGAUUGCAUUAGGAGAUCUUUCUGAACUGCAACGAUUGUACAGUUCUGCUAACCCACCAUUAGCAGCUCAUUUAUGUGAAUAUGAUUUUUUGAUAAAGUUAUUGGAAACAAUCUAUGCUCCAAAAGAUGGAACGCCAGCAAGGGAAGAUUUAGUCUAUCCAAUAAUUCAUAUAAUAGCUUAUGCCACUACUAUCAACGAUACAAAACCACACGUUGGGCAACAAGAUGUUGUAAACAAAGUCAAAACGCUUUUGGCAACAUUACACGUAAAACUGACAGCUGCAACGAGGGCCGGCAGCAUAACAGGUGCGGCUAAAUGCAUCAUCGAAGCUAUCAAACUCCCAAUUGGAGCAAUGGCGGUGCUUUUGUGGGCACAACAUAUGGCAACUAACACUUCGUAUUUCGAUACAUAUUACCGAUCCCAGCAAACCCCGGAUCUGUUGUUAUUCUUGGACGAAAUAGCUGAGCUUCAUCCAUUGCAGCAACCGUUUGUAUUCAACAUUGUCACAGAAUGUAUAAAGCAUAAACCAGUUAAUUUCGCUCCUGAAACUUGGUCGAAUUUGCAAGCAAUGUGGAUUGACCGUUUAUUGUUCUUACUUCGAUCCCACUAUUGCAAACCCGUCCUGAAUUAUUUCCAAAGCGCUGGCAGAGAGUUGGACAACAGUUUGGUGGUCCACUUUGUUCAAAGAGUAAGUGGUUUAUUGGGCAGCCCUCCAACUUAUAACUUCUAUUAGACUGACAAUUGUCCAUUUAAUAGGUUCUUGAAAUGGUAAGACCUCCUUACCGCGCAGAGUUCAUUGAAAGUAUGGUAGCAAUCAUCGAGCCUCUCAUUGAUAAUCGCGAGUCCACAAGACGCAUCAGACAGUCCAUAGUCGUUUUCUUCCAGUACUGCCUUAACGCAAAUUCAAAUUUAAGUGAAUCCCUGUGCGAACGAAUCACAAACAUCAUUAUUAACUGCCAAUGAACUUCUUAUUAACACCAACAGGCUCUUUUAUAAAAUUAUUCCCCCCAUUCCCAUCAUUUAAUUUUCAUAAAAAUUAGCAAGCAUUGAGCUGAAAACGUAAAAGAUUUAUUGUUAUGUUUGAAGGAUAGAGUUUUCCUUAUCUGGGCAUAACAGAAUAAAGAAGACUGGCAUAGUAAUGUAACAAGCAGAUA